CCAUUUUGAUUCCAGCGAUCGAGCUUUAGUAGCAAGCAGACAGUAGCGUCGUUACAAGUUGCAGUAGGAUUGUCAGUAAAUGUUCUGAUUUGGUGUUAUACACGUCUGACAGUAUGAAUAAUGUUUUUGUGUUCCUGUUUUUAUUCAUUACAUUAGUAGAUAUUGGAUAUUGUACGCAAAGGACUUUACGAUCAUGGCUGAAUCAUGACUGUGGCACGAUAUGUAAAGACAGAAAUUUGACAACAGUUUAUCUAAGAGCUGAUGGCCCCAAUGACACUUUGCACUAUCUGUGGGAUUUUGAUGGUAAUCCAUCUGUACUGUUAGCACUUACUUCGCGUUCAGCUACUAUGAACAUAAAUUGGAAGGACUUUCUUCUUAAGAAAAAAGACUCUGUAACAUUUACAGAAGAACCUAUUUAUACUUUUGGAGUAGUUUUUAAUAAGAUUAUAGAAUUCAACGACACAAAUGACACAGCAUUAAUAAAUAUUGCUAAUCUUGUAAAUACCAACAGUUUACAUCCCAUGUUUUUCCAAUGGGACCGUAAGACUCUAAUACAAAAUAAUGAAUUUGUUACAUUAAAUAUGGAGGGUAAUUCUUAUAACGACAGUAUUAUGAAUAUCAGCAGAAUGGGAAGCAUAAAAGUAUCGCUGAUGGGAUUUUGUUCUCUUGAUCACUCAGAAUUUAUGCCUCACAUGUUACAUACUGAGAAUUCUACCCAAGUUGAUAUCAUUCUUGAUCAUUUACAAACUAAUAAAAGCUUCACUAACAGCAGAUUUGCUAUCGAGUUGUUGGUAGUAGGUGAAGGAAAUCCUGAAGUUCCUAUGUUUAUUAAUCCAAAGAAAAGUUUGGACGAUGAACAUACACCUGGUAUAUUUGAUGUUGUUGAAGUUAGAACACCACCUUACAAAAGUAUGGAUAAUUAUGAGACAGAGGGUGCUUACUUGCAAUGGAGACCAGUUUCUUACACAACUGUGUCUAGAGAUAUAACAGAUUCUACAGAAACAAUGCAAUACCCACCACUAAAAGUAUCUAAUCACACGAGUACUAUCAUAGAUUCUAUGUUAUACUGUUACUAUGGAGAUAAGGUUGACAAUUUGCUCACUCAAAGAAUCAUUGUGUCAUUAGGGAGUAAAGGAGAUGGUUUCUACAAAAGAACGUACUAUUCUACAUGGACAUUCUUGAUUGGGUAUGGUACACCACCUGAGGAACAAUUUUCUUAUUUAGUAAUCAUGAUCAUUUCAAUUGGUCUUGGUCUCCCACUAAUUAUUUUGUUAGCAAUAGGCUUAUAUUUUUGUAUUUACAAACUGCCGAAACGAAGUGGCCAGGCAUAUUUGAAUCAGUGAAAAUGUGUAUGUGAAUUGUACAAAAUUUUUAACCGCGUGAUAUUUGAUAGAAAUCCGUGCACGUUUAGUUGCAUUAUGGACAAACCACCGUUAAAUAUUACAAAAAGAAUUUUCCUAUAUUUAUACAUAGCACAUAUAUUUUUUACACACAUUUUCAAAUUGAUAUAAAUCAAUUUGAGGUAUAUAUUAAUGCAAUGCAUAUAAAUUAUUCUGUACAAAUUUAUACAUAGGUCAUUAAUAAACUAGAAAAAAAGCAA